CUCUGCUCGCACGCACACACACGGACACAGUGAGACCAGGCUGCCCUGACGCGCCUGUGCUGCGCUUCAUGGACGCUUCAGAGCAGCAUCCUCAUCCUCCUCAUCCUCCUCAUCCCUCCACAGCUCACGGUGCUGCCGGAUCACUCUCACCGCGCUCUCCUCUGCAGUCUGCUCGUGUCGCUGAAGCUGCCAUGGCGAACAGGGGGCCCAGCUAUGGCCUGAGCCGGGAGGUGCAGGAGAAGAUCGACCAGAAGUACGACCCCGACCUGGAGCAGAAGCUGGUGGACUGGAUCGUGGCACAGUGUGGAGGAAACCUGGAGAGACCACAGUCGGGCAAACAGAACUUCCAGAAGUGGCUGAUGGAUGGAACGAUCCUCUGCAGACUCAUCAACAGCCUGCAUGCAAGGGGAAAGGAACCGAUCAAGAAGAUUCCAGAAACUCAAAUGGCCUUCAAGCAAAUGGAGAAGAUCUCUCACUUCCUGCAAGCAGCAGAAGCGUAUGGAGUGACAACCACUGACAUCUUUCAAACCGUGGACCUGUGGGAGGGUAAGGACAUGGCUGCAGUGCAAAGGACUCUCAUGGCUCUUGGGAGUGUGGCGGUCACUAAGGACGAUGGUCAUUACAGAGGGGACAGAGACUGGUUCAAUAGGAAAGCCCAGGGCUAUCGAAGGGAGUUCACCGACGAGCAGUUGCGCCAAGGACAGAGUCUGAUCGGUCUUCAGAUGGGCAGCAAUCGCGGUGCUUCUCAGGCUGGUAUGACGGGCUACGGUAUGCACCGUCAGAUCAUGUAGACCACUUCCUGCCUAACUCGCUCCUCUGCUUCCACACCUUAUUUUCUACUAAUACCACGAGUGUUGUAGCCCCCAAAAAAAACCUUCCUGUCCUUUGUAGCACCUGCCAUGUUAACCUCAACCUCCCUGGAAUUGCUGCUUUUCCCUAAAAUAAUGAUGUCAGAUGCUGUAGAUCGCCUUCUUCAAGCCCUCUAACUUUGUUGACUGUUUCCCGACUUUCUCUAUUCACUUUAGUAUGUGGAGCUUAACGUCAUUCAACAUCACUUUAGUCUUACGGGAAAACUGUAGAUCUAAAUGUCCUCACAAAAACAAGCCAUCCGUGUUAUACAUACUUUAAAUCUGAAUACUGUACGCCGCUGUUAGAGCAUGUUGUAUGCUAAUGAUUUGUAUGUACAUAUUCUUUACAUCGUAGGUCAUCGUUUCAGCCGUUUUUUUCCUGUUACUCUGUCAUUAUUUUUGCCUUAAACUUAACAAAAACUCUGACGACGUCUCCACCGUCCUGUGUGAAGACUCGUCGCAGUAUCUUCUGUAACCAAAUCAACCUCACGUUUGUGCCUGGUUUUUGGGACUAGAGAGACCGGGUCCUGACACAUUGGCCUCAAAUUACAAAUGAGUUUCGGUUAUUUGUGAGUUGACGUCGUUCCGUUACGUGUCCGUUUUGUGCAAAACCCCAUGUGCAGUAGCCAACAUGUAUGAAGACAUUGCUUGAAUGUGCACAUUUAUGUAUUGUCAUGUUUAUAUUUUUGAAUAUAUUUAUAUCUGGAGGCUUGUGAGAGGAAUUAUGUAUAAAAAAUAAAUGAAGUGAGCAUAUACAGUA